GUUAAAUUUUGACCAAGGAAAUGAUUGCUGAACUCAGUUCCAUAAGCAUCACCCGGUCACACUUUAUUUCCAGUCUGGAAUUAACGUCUUCAGUCUCCACACUCUGUACUUCCCAAAGUCAGCUUUUCUGGGAGGGCUGGGGCAGCUGCCUCUCUGGGGAGAUGCUGGAGGUCUCGGAAUCACCUCGUGUGGCCUCAGGACCUGGUUGGAGCCACACCAAGUGACACCAGCAGUCAGAUGCCCAGAGAGCCUGAGCCUCCAGCCCUAGUCUGCGAAGCCAGCGAUUGCUGACAUGCUCCCAGCCGCCCAGCUGGAGAAGCCACUGUGGGCACCGCUGUGGGGGAAGCAGGCCCGUCGCCCGGGCCCCUUUGCUCUGGGCCAGUCUCUGUGAGGUGGGCCCCUCUCCUGGGCCCCUUGAGCAGGUUCUAUGGCAUUUUCUGAACUCCUGGACCUCGUGGGCGGCCUGGGCAGGUUCCAGGUUCUCCAGACAGUGGCUCUGAUGGUCUCCAUCAUGUGGCUGGCCACCCAGAACAUGCUGGAGAACUUCUCGGCCGCCGUGCCUAGCCACCGCUGCUGGGCACCCCUCCUGGACAACAACACAGCCCAGGCAGGCGUCCCAGGGGAGCUAAGUCCCGAGGCGCUCUUGGCUGUCUCCAUCCCACCAGGCCCCAACCAGGACCCCACCAGUGCCGCCGCUUCCGCCAGCCACAGUGGCAGCUCUUGGACCCCAACACCACGGCCUCCAGCUGGAGCGAGGCUGACACAGAGCCGUGUGUGGACGGCUGGGUCUAUGACCACAGCACCUUCACCUCCACCAUCCCCCCUCCUCUCCCACCAGUGGGACCUGGUGUGUGAAUCUCAUGCACUGAAGCCCAUGGCCCAGUCCAUCUACCUGGCUGGGAUUCUGGUAGGAGCUGCUGCGUGCGGCCCUGCCUCAGACAGGCUCGGGCGCAGGCUGGUGCUGACCUGGAGCUACCUUCAGAUGGCCGUGACGGGCACAGCAGCUGCCUUCGCCCCCGCCUUCCCUGUGUACUGCCUGUUCCGCUUCCUGUUGGCCUUUGCCAUGGCGGGCGUCAUGAUGAACACAGGCAGUCUCCGUAAGUCUCCAACCUGGCACCAUGCAGGGGGGCUCCAUGCAGGCUCCAGGGCUGACCCACUUGGUCUCUUUGCAGUGAUGGAGUGGACAGCGGCGUGGGCCCGACCCUUGGUGAUGACCUUGAACUCUCUGGGUUUCAGCUUCGGCCAUCUCCUGAUGGCCGCGGUGGCCUACGGAGUGCAGGACUGGAUGCUGCUGCAGCUGGCCGUCUCAGUCCCCUUGUUCCUCUCCUUUUUGUGCUCAUGGUGGCUGGCAGAGUCUGCACGAUGGCUCCUCACCACAGGCAGGCUGGACCAGGGCCUGCAGGAGCUGAGGAGGGUGGCUGCCAUCAACAGGAAGGGGGCAGUGUGUGACUCGCUGACCCCUGAGGUCUUGUUUUCAGCCAUGCGGGAGGAGCUGAGAGUGGGCCAGGCUCCUGCCAGCCUGGGCACCCUGCUCCGCAUCCCCAGCCUGCGCCUCCGGACCUGUAUCUCCACAUUGUGCUGGUUUGCCUUUGGCUUCACCUUCUUUGGUCUGGCCCUGGACCUGCAGGCCCUGGGCAGCAACAUCUUCCUGCUCCAGACACUCAUUGGUGUUGUGGACAUCCCAGCCAAGACGGGCUCCCUUCUGCUGCUGACCUACCUGGGCCGCCGCCCCACACAGGCCGCAUCCCUGUUGCUGGCAGGGCUCUGCAUUCUGGCCAACACACUGGUGCCCCAGGAAAUGGGGGAUCUGCGCUCAGCCCUGGCCGUGCUGGGGCUGGGCGGGGUGGGGGCUGCCUUCACCUGCAUCACCAUCUACAGCGGCGAGCUCUUCCCUACCGUGCUCAGGAUGACCGCAGUGGGCUUGGGCCAGAUGGCGGCCCGUGGAGGAGCCAUCCUGGGUCCUCUGGUCCGGCUGCUGGAUGUCCACGGCCCUUGGCUGCCCUUGCUGGUGUACGGGAUGGUGUCGGUGCUGAGUGGUCUGGCCGCACUGCUUCUGCCUGAGACCCAGAACCUGCCACUGCCUGACACCAUCCAAGAUGUGCAGAACCAGGCAGUAAAGGCCGCAACACAUGGCAUGCUGGGUAACUCUAUCCUGAAAUCCACACAUUUUUAGUCUCCUGGGGAGCCUGCAAUGGGAUGUUCGGAGGAAGAGUCUUCUUCUGUCAUCUGGAGAAAGCAGGAGGAGAGCAAAGGCCUCCGCUUCCACAGGACCCAGAGGCUGCCCUCUUAGGUUCCCAUUCUCCCCAGGGGUGCCCCUCCAGCUGAGCUCUGCCCCUUUCACAACAAAAGGGCCCCCUUCAAUACUGAAGGGGCAAAGGAUGGUUUGAUUGGCAGGAGGUGGCCCAGGGCAUCAUCACCCUGCUCUGCCCUCCUGGCUUUGGAAAGCAGAGGAGCCAGGCCCAGGGGAAUGAGCUGGCCAACUCUCUGCUUGCCUCCUCACUGCCACUUGUCCCCCCACCGCCGUCCACCUGUCCAGAGCUCAGAGCUAACCACCAUCCAUGGUCAAGACCUCUCCUGGCUCCACACAAGCAGUAGUCUCAGCUCUGCAGCUUUACCCAGAAGCCCCUGUGAGCCUGGCCCCUGGCCCCUCCCCAUGUCCCUCCAGACCUCAACCACCUGCCCACCACAUCCUCUACCUGCAGUCCUCUUCCCACCCUCAUCCCUGACAGACUCUACUUAACCCCCAAACUCAGGCCAGUGGCCCUCCUUCCAGGGGUCCAAGGCCAGCCAGAGGUGCCCGUGAAACUCCUACCCACAGUUACAGCCACAAGCCUGCCUCCUCCCACCCUACCAGCCUAUGAGUUCCCAGAGGGUUGGGACAGUCCCAUGACCCCAUGUCCCAGCUCCCCACACAGUGCUGGGCCAGAGGGGCAUUGUUGCAAGGGAUUGAAUAAAGGAACAAAUGAAUGGCUGCCC